AUGGGGAGGAAGAAAGUGAAGUGUGAAUUGAUUAGUGAUGAAUCUUCUCGAAAGACAACGUUCAAGAAGAGGAAAGCUGGCUUGCUGAAGAAACUGCAAGAGAUCACCACGCUCUGUGGAGUCAUUGCUUGUGGGAUCAUCUUUAGCAAUUUCAGUACCAAGGGGAGGUCACAACAGCCCAAUCAACAGCAAGAAGUCUGGCCUUCGGUUCCUGAGGCAACCGCGGUGGUCGAGAAGUUCAAGGAUCUUCCGGAGAAGAAGCAGAGGAAGUACAUGCUGAACCAGGAGUCGUUGCUGAGCGCGAGCUCGUCGAAGAUGAAGGAGAAAUUGGAGGCUCAGGUGGAGAAGAACCGGAGGCUCGAGCUGGAUCUGCUGUUGGCAGAUCCGGUCGCGGCCUACCAUCACGACGUCCUGCCUGACAGUGGUAGCAGUGAGGAUUUUGUGAAUCAUGCCGCGAAAUUGGAUGGUAUGCGUGAGAUUGUGAGCAACAAGGUUGAUCAAAUUACUGAGCGAAUCGAGCAUAUUAAGAGCAAGGGCAGGAGGAUGAGAACUCGUUAUUCGUGA